ACGGGGGUUGGGGAAUUAGAAGCAGCUUCCGGUAUAAACAUUUCAAAGAAACGCAGCAAACGACUCGUUUAAUCAACAUCUCUCAAAUUCCAGUGACCCAUUCCCUUGAAAUUUCCAACUGCGUUUUUAGUUGACAGUCAGGUGAGAGGAUGACACGGCAAAAAAACAUAUUUGCUUUUUCCAAACUCUUCUGUAACCACCAAAGUUACAAAACAGCGCUCCUGCAGAGCGUUGCGUAGCGCCGGGUCACGUGACCGCGGUCCGUCCCCCGUCGGGCUCCACUUGAAAUAGUUGGAGUUGUAUGAAAACAGCUGCUCCUGUCGCCUCUUCUCCGUCCCGCUGCCGCCGCCUCACAGAUGGCCAUGCAGAACCUGAGACAGUUCCUGUUCGCCCUCUCCGCGGCCGGAGCCGUGGGAUUCGUCGCCAUCAUUUUCGUGCUAAGAUGGGUUUUACACUUCAAGGAAGGCUUAGCCUGGGAUGGAGGGCUGGCGGAGUUCAACUGGCAUCCGGUGCUGAUUGUCAUCGGCUUCGUUUUCUUGCAAGGAAUAGCCAUCAUCGUCUACAGGCUCCCUUGGACCUGGCAGUGCAGCAAACUAAUGAUGAAGUUCAUCCACGCGGGCUUGAAUUCAGCCGCAUUCAUUUUCGCUGUUGUUGCCUUGGUGGCAGCUUUCGACUUCCACAACACGGCCAAAAUCCCAAACAUGUACAGUCUGCACAGCUGGCUGGGCCUGCUGGCCGUCAUACUGUACGGACUGCAGCUUGUUAUUGGAAUUGGCAUGUACCUGAUACCGCUAACACCUGUGUCCUGGAGAGCAGCGUUCAUGCCCAUCCACGUCUACAGUGGUCUUUUUCUAUUUACCAGUGUCAUAGCUGUGGCACUUAUGGGCAUCACAGAGAAACUUAUUUUUGGCCUGAGCAACCCAAAGUAUAAGGACUCUCCCCCUGAGGCGAUCUUCGUGAACGUUCUGGGACUCCUCCUGGUGGUUUUUGGAGCACUCAUCCUCUGGAUUGCCACUCGAACACCUUGGAAACGCCCCAGUGACCAGAUCCUGCAUACUCUGCAUACCAAUGGGGGAAGUGAGGAUAUCACCAAAGCUGGCCCGGCUCUGUCUGAGCUGGCUGAUGGGACCAACACUGAAGACGGAGAUGUGAGGAGGAGAAGUAAUAAACUUGACAACUUGGAUGACUGAUUUAAAAGAAGAGUGUGAAUAUUUGACUCAGAGCUGGUCCUCUCUCCUAGUAGUGAAUGUAUGAACAAUCAAUCUAUUCGGGUCCGAGAAAGUUGAGAGGAAUUAGUGAAAUAAUACUGAUCUUUCAUUCAUAACUCUCUCUCUUGCACUUGCGCUUUAUUGUUUUCUCCGACAUUUAUUGCAAUAAGUGGAUUCAAGUAAUGUGACCUACUUGGCAGCAAUAUUAGGAUGCAGAUAAGAAUAAAUGCUUUGUGGACAUACACUGUAGUAAAUAUUCAUGACAGAUUUUGUAUUCUCUGAUCUUCUAUGUUUUGACUUUCCUAAAACAUGUUUUAUAAUAAACCUUUUCUUAUGUGCUCGUAAAUUUGUAAUAUUCCUGGAUCUGCUGCAAAUGAGUGAAAUAUUCACAAAGUAGAACACAUUUCAAUAUGAAGGUGCACCAUAGCUGCAGAUCUCCACAUCAGUCCUUUGGAUUUUUGGUUAAUGUUUGCAUAGGAUGACCAGAGCUGGGUCAUAUUGUCAUAUAUAUCUGGGAUGAAUGGAUGGAUGGAUGGAUGGUUACUGCACAAAAUUCACAUUGUAGCAUUUGCAAUUAAUGACAUAUUGAGGACUUUUGGAACAUUGAAUUAAGUCUUACAUAUUCACUUAAAAGGUUUAUUAUGUUACAUGUAUUAAAUCAGAUAUGCCCAAGCAACUAUUGUGUUCUACAAUCUACGGUGGC